AUGGGCAACUCCCACUCCCGCAAGUCCACCUACCAGCCUACCCACUCCGACGUCGACGAGGUCGAUGUCAAGAGCCGUAGCUCCCGUUCGCUCAAACACUCGCGCUCCGUGCCCGGCUUCCGCAGACCCACCGUCGUCAACACCAACACGCGCACCCUUUCUCAAGCACAGACCGACACGUUCUCCGACGCGUCAUGGUCCUCCAUCGGACACCCUCUCUCCGAAAAAGCAGCGCCAUCGCACAUCCAACAAGUCCAAGUCCCGUACCCUCCCCACCACCACCACCACCAACACCAACAACCACCAUAUCCGUACCAAUACCAAUACCAGAACCAAUAUCCGUACCAGUGUCAGUAUCAACAUCACGCGUGUGGGCCACCCGUUCCUCCUGGGUUACAUCACGCCACGACCGCCCCGCCGUCUUCGACCCAUGGCCAGUUCUAUACACAUUCGAACCUUACGAACUCGUACAUCCCACCUCCCACCGCAGGCCUCAUCCUCCCCGCUCCUUCUCUUCCCAUCCCAUACCCACUCGACUCCGCCACCCAGCACCACUCAGCGUCAGAAAACGCCGCCUACGCUUGUUUUCUGUCUAAUUAUCCGGAGUAUAACCUCACAUGGACGCUCGACGCGCUCCGGAGGUCAGAGUACGCUCGUAUCGACGGAGGUGGUGGUGGUGGUGAGAUUGGAGGAGGGAAGGAGAGGGAGACGUAUGUGGAUUAUAUGGGCGGGGCUCUUUAUCCUGAGAGUCUCGUCAAUGUCCAUGCGGAGUUCUUGAAGAGCUGUGUGUUGGGGAAUACGCAUUCGGAGAGCAAUAGCUCCCUCCUCUCCUCCUCCCUAACCUCCCAAGCCCGCUCCUCCGUCCUCUCCUUCUUCAACGCGCCCCCAGGCUCGACCGUCAUAUUCACCUCCAACGCCUCCACCGCACUCAAACUCGUCGGCGAAUCCUUCCCGUUUACGAGCGGGAGCAGUUAUGUCCUGCCGGAGGACGCGCAUAAUAGUGUGCAUGGGAUUAGGGAGUUCGCGAGGAGGAGGGGGGCGAGGGUGGGGUAUGUGAGGGCGGGGCGGAGGGGAGGGGUUAGAGAGGAGGGGGUUAAGGAAGUUCUCCUCGCACAUCGACCGAUCUCGACCUCUUCAUCUGAGCCUUCACAACCCGCACAACCCGCACAACCACCACCACCCUCCCUCCUAGCCCUAACCGCCCUCUCCAACAUCUCAAACUCUAAACUCUCGCCGGCGUCGCUCGCUCGGUUGGCAGACUAUGCGCGCGAAUUAGGGUAUACGACUCUGUUGGACGCGGCUGCGUUGGCGCCGACGGGGAGUUUGGAUCUGAGUGUCGUGAAGGUGGACGCUGUCGCUAUCUCAUUCUACAAAAUGUUCGGCUGGCCGACCGGCGUCGGCGCGCUCAUCCUCCGUCCGGGCGUUGGCGAGUGGUUGAGGAAGAGUAGAGUUUGGUUCGCGGGGGGGACGGUGGGGGUUGUGCAGGUGCCGGGGGUGGUGAGGGGUUGGAGUGGGAGAGUUGAGGAGAGUUUUGAGGAUGGAACGAUCAAUUACCUCCUCCUUCCCUCAAUCACGACAGGUCUUCGCUUUCUGUCCGCGUACAUGCCGUUCUUACCUAUACGCAUGGCGGCGCUCACGCAUUAUCUCGCGACGGAGCUCGAGGGGGUGACUUAUCCUAACUCGGAGUUCAAAGCGUGUAGGGUCCUGUCCAAGGUCCCGGGCGAGGAGACGGGGAAGAGGCCAAGGAAAGUGGGGGAGGUGGCGGAUGCGGGAAGUGUGAUUUCGUGUUUGUUUUAUGAUUCCACCGGCACGCAGAUCCCCAACUCCAUCAUAUCCACGCUCGCUGCCACGGCACAUAUCUCCCUUCGUACGGGAUGCAUGUGUAACCCCGGUGGAGCCGCUGCGCUUCUCGAACUACAGCCGCUCAUGGCGAGGUUACAUACAAUUCCGGGGAUGCUCGAUGCUGAUGGAACGAAUGAACGACGAGACAGCGACUGCACCAACAACAACACCAAUGCAUGUCACAAUAGCACGACCUCGGAACGACCAGCCGACCACGGUGCGAAACCAGGAUCGGAACCCUCGAAGAUGGAAGAGCUGUUAGCCGAAGGAGGGGCGACGCUCGCGAAGUUGGAGGAAGAGGCGGGGAGAGAGCUGGGCGUGGUGAGGAUCAGUCUUGGGUUGGGGAGCGAUUGGAGCGAUUGUUGGAGGAUUUUGGAGUGGGUUAGGAGGGACGUUUUGGAGGUUGGGACUGGAAGCGGGCUCGGGAGAGGGAGGGGAGGGGACGAGAGUAGGGGGAGUUGGAGUGAGGGGAGUAGUAGGGAUAGUGGAAUUGAGGUCGAAAGGCGCGGGAAGUCAGAUAGGGGGAGGAAGGUGACGGCGAAGGAGGUGAGGAGGGAGGUGAAGAAGGCGAGGAGUAUGUAUGUCGAUUCGCAGGGGAUAUGGAAGGAGACUAGGGAGAUACAGCAGGUGGGGAGGGCUUUGUGA